CAUGAUCUGAGGAGUCUUUGAAAAAGCUGAGGCUGACUCGGCGGAUGAUCCUCCACGCAGCACACGUCCUCAUUCAGUGAAGCAGACCUGAGCUGCAGCGGCGUACAAAUCUACACCGGAUGAGAGGCGCCGGGUGGCUGCGUGUUCAGGAGAGCACCAUGAGAACAGUGAUGAGUUUGCUCCCCGGUGUGAGGACACGGCAUGUUCGUGACUGGGUCUCUAUCAUCUGGCUCACUUCAGCAUUCAGCGUCACUGUCGGUGACGAUGUGAAGCUUCAGACAAUUUCCCAGGUGGCGGCACGGUGUGGAGAAAACGUGACACUGACAUGUGAGGCCACGUUAUCGCAUCAGUCGGACAUCACAUUAUUUACCUGGCUAUUUCGAAAUAAGACUUGCCAAUAUGGAGACCGCCGGCCUGACCCCGAGGUUCUGUGCGAGAGCACGGCGAAGACCCCCCAGACCCACAGCCUCACUCUGACUCUCCUCAACGUGAUGCCGGUCAGCCGGGGAAACUACAUCUGUAAACUACGCUCCAAAGUGGGAGCAAGCUCUGCCACAACUGUUGUCUCAGUAGUAGAUUGCUCUGGAAGUUCUAACUCGUCCAUCAACGGGUCUCACGCUAAGUGCUGGUUCAGCGGGGUCUACCCCAGUGGCAUCAUCCACUGGUUCCAGGGAGAUGUAAACUUAACAGACUCUGCCAGCACAGAGGAAGAGGAGGACCAACACGGACGGUACAAUGUCUGGAGCACUAUAGACGUGCAGAAAGGAAACCUGAGCCAGCCUUAUAACUGCUCACUGUGGAUGCCCUCUGCCGGGAAGUACACCUCCAGCCGUCAGCUGCCAAAGGCCAAGGGACAGAAGUCAUCAGGAAGCAUGGUCCGACUGCAGGGGAUCUUUUUAAUGGUGGAAAUCAUGCUGUUGACAUUUAUGACAUAAAGGAGCCAAGAAAAAAAAAAAUCAGGUUUUCAGUGCAGGGUUUGAUUCCAGGUGGCAUUUUGGGGAGCUGAAAUAUGAAAAUGAAAUAAAAAUGAGCCAACAAAUGAGGCAGGAAGUUAUUAAAGAUUAGGUGUAUUAGACUUUAUGCUUCAUCCGACCUAAUGCAUGCAGUUUGUUAUUGUUGCACAAAGCUGCCAAAGAGUGGGCAAGUUUUGGUUUUACUAUAAUAAUUACCAAGUUCUGGCACUUGAGAGGCUCUGGGCAACUGUCUUCUCUGGAAAGGCUUGCAGGUUUUCAUGUGCCAACAACCCGGAAUAUUUCACUGAUGAGUAAAUCGUCGACUGGAGAGGAUGAAGUCAGACCAUUUAUUGAUAGGCUUGAGUAAAAAUCAGCACAGAUCCUUUGAAAACAAAGCCUGCUCACUGAAGUCAUUCACAUGUAAUGACUGUGAACUCUGGACUGCGCCAAAGGACUUUGACUGAAUUAAAAAUGUACAGUUUUCCUGAAAACAGGGUUUUCUAUUUUCAAGUUUUAUAUUCAAUCUUCUUUUACUGGUACGUCUUACUGUAACCUAGAAUUUUCUUUUUUUUUAAUCUUUACUUCUUCCUGAUGGCCAGAAGGAGGCACUCUUCCCAUGUAAGAAUAAUAAGGAUUUCCUGCUUGUGAGCACCUCGUGCAUGUUGUAAAUGCUGUAAAGGACAGGUCCAGUCUGUAUUCUGAAUUCAUUGAAGUACAUGAACACUGCAGGAGAGGAAAUUUACCCACUAGUACUUUGGCAAGGAAAAAAAAACAGCAAAGGUUUUAAUGCAGACAUGUUUCAUGUGAAUGGCUAAAAAAAUCUGAAAAUCUACAAUACAGGAAGUAAGAUAAAUAGAUAAGGGACACGUGGUGCAAAAUGUACAUUAAAUCCCAUUGGUUUUUUUUUCUGUUUCUUUUUUAUUUAGUCUAACAAAAGAUUCCGGUAUGAUUAGGUAGAUUAGAUGAGGCAGUUUAGGCAAUAUUUCGUAAGUGCUGCCUCGGCGUGUCGCCAUGCUUGAAAAGAACAGAACUGUUGCUCUUUGCACACACACUGUUCUCUCUUUUCAGAGACACAGUGAGUGUGAAUUUGGUUCUGUUUUAGUUUGGUGUUCAAUGUUG